AUGUUACAAGGGGAAGCUCUAUUUACAUCGACAUGCAACCACCAGUUCCACUUCGACUGUAUAAUAAAAUCGGUUCAAUCACAAAACAAUGAGUGCCCAUUAUGUCGAUUAAAAAUGGACUCAUUGAUCAAUAUCGUAACACCAGUAGUACCGCCAACACCUGUAGUAAUGGAAGUUGAAAUACCUAUGGAAGAUCCUGUUGACGAGGACCGAACUCGUACACUAUCAGAGGUCCGAGCUUCUCGGAUUGUUUCUUCGCCAAGGCUAAUUGAGACAAAAACGACAUUGGAAGUUGGUGGUGUAGUGUCAACUGAAGAAAAAGACAUUUAUGGCCUGUUGACACUACGAGCUCCAGCAUCGUCCGACGGUGAAAAUGCUAUUUUACGAGUCCCGUUAGAUCUGGUGUGCAUCGUCGACCGGAGUGGUUCAAUGAACGGAAAUAAAAUGUCAUUAGUGAAACAAACGUUGAGUUACAUCGUCACUCAACUAGAAUCGACCGAUCGUCUGUCUAUCGUCUCGUUUAAUGAUACCGCCUAUCCAGUUAGUGGUCUCAUGAUGAUGAAUGAACAAGGAAAACAGACGCUGGAAAAUCGAAUCCACUCACACGAAAAAUUAAACCCUAGCGGAAGUACAUCAAUUGGUCGUGGUCUGAAAAUGGGUAUCGAUGUUCUCAAUAAACGUCAAACAAAAAAUUCUUUGUCAUCCAUCUUUCUGCUAACCGAUGGUCAAGACAUUGAAGUGAUAUCGUAUACCGACAUUAUGAGUGCGAUUCCACCAUCAACAACAUGUCACACAUACGGAUUCGGCAGUGAUCAUCGAGUCAGUGUUCUAUCUCAAAUAGCGGAAAUUGGAUCGGGCACAUUUACCUAUAUUGAUGAACUGAAAUCGGUCGGUGAUUCAUUGUCACACACACUGGGCAGUCUAUUUUCGUGUAUUGCGCAAAAUAUUGAAGUCAAAAUUGAGCUGGAAAAUGGUUAUAGUGUUGCUAAAGUUCAUUCAACAUUUCCUACUUCAGCUAUCCCAAGUUCAUGUGUCACCAUAAAAAUACAUGAUUUGAACGAAGACGAGAAACGAAAUCUCGUAUUUGAAAUUCAUGUACCGACAGUUAAUGAGGAAGAUGCGGAGAACACUCAAAUAGGAACAGCAUCAGUGAAAUAUAUUGAUCCGUCAAGUCAGAAAAUGUUGUCCUCUGAACUUACACCUUUGAGACUCAUCCGUUCAAAUGUCAUCGAUGAUAAGACAUUGCUCGAAGUCAACUACGAUCUGGAUGUGCAACGAAAUCGUAUAAAUGCUGCAAAAGGUAUGAAAGAAGCUGUUGCGUAUGUGGAACAACGCAGCAUGGAUCAAGCUACAGCUGUUUUACAGGCGGUUAUUGAUAAAAUAAACGCAUCCGUAUCGUCGCAAGAUACUUUAUGUCAAAGUCUAAUUGAAGAUUUGAAUACAAGUAUUAAAAAAUUUGAGCAUGAUAAACAAAAGUUCAUGGCCUAUAUGACUAAUAUGUCAAUGCAGCAAUGCUCUGAAAGGGGAACAUACACGUCACCUCAUUUUAGCAGUUCAAAUGCAUAUAUUACAUCGAGCAAUCGAGCACAACGAGCGAACUUUCAAAACUAUUCAUCAUAG